AGUGUAUAUAUAUGAUUUCAGGAAUCAGCGUCCCCGAGGUGCUUUUCAAAAUCAACCUUGCUCGCGUAUCAAUGGCUGACGGCUCCCGAGACCCGCAUUCCUCUUCGAGAUACGCGAGAAAAAGAGAGCCGCCAGCGUAACUCUUCACUCGCUCACCAAAUCGGCAAAUCCCGGAGCAGAGCACCCUGAGUCCCUGACUGAUACAACUACACUUCAUCACUUCCAGUUCCACCGAUACCUCGCUUUCGUCGAAAUCAAGCAAAUAUUCGGGCAGUUUCCAUCAAUCCACCCAAGAUUUGCUCCCGUACUCCAUGAAGGAGUCCCGUUUCCCUUGGCGAUCGGUAGCUGCACCGGGUUGGGGGCGGUGGCGAUGGAGUGCCCACCACCUGUUCGACGUGAGGACGGCGAAACAGAGUGGGCGGAGGUGGCGAGGAAAUACCUCCAUGUGGUCUCCUCGGGCGACGAGGCGGCGGCGGUGGGAGCCACGCUCGUGGUCAAGCGGCUGGCCGGCCACGCUCCGGACUCCGCCGUGCGGGUCGUGGUCCGGGCGCUUGUCGGCCUCCUCGCCCGGUCGCCGCCGCCUCGUCUGCAGGCGGCGGCGUCGCAGGCCCUGUGCUCCGUCGUUCGCGUCGACGGUGGCAGGUUCACGGCCGAAGUUGUUGAUGCGGGUUUCUUCCCCGUGGCGCAGGGGCUGCUCCCGGAGGCUGAGGAGGUGCCCCAGAGGAUCCUGUUGAGGUGCCUCAGCUGCAUCCUGACCUUCCACGCGACUAGCCGUGUGGUAUUUGGCAGGGGCGGUGGCGCAGAGGUUUUCUUGGGCCUAUUUCCGGGCUGCUCUGGGGCAUCGAAGCGGCGCCUGCUGGAAAUUUUGAGCGCGUUAGCAUUGAUGAAAGAAGUCCGGCGCCUGCUCCUAACUGAUGGAAAGGUCGAAUACCUCGUUGCGGCCAUUUCGUCUGGUAACUUGGCGUCAAGGACCAGAGCAGCUCAGGCUGCUGGCCUGCUUGGUGCAUCAACUGUCGGCCGAUCUUUGCUGGUUGAGAUGGGUGCGCCGCUGAGCACGGUGGCAACUUUUGAGGCGCUGGGUGAACGCGUGAGCAUCAGGACAGCCUUGGUGGUGAGCAUGAGCAUUGUUCAUGAACGAUGCGAAGCUAGGUCGUUGCAACCAGGAGUUCUCAAAGCGAAAGCAGGUGCUCCUGGGGAUCCUAGUGUCAGCAGUCAUCAGGCGCUAGUUGGCCUCAUGAGGAAUGGUGGUUCCUCAGCAAGCCUUGUUGCUGCUAAUGCGCUUGGUAUAGUCUCGUCAAUUGGACCCCAUCUCCCGUUGAUUCAUCAGUCUGGCGCCAUACCUUUAUAUGCUGAGCUGCUGAAAGAAAGGCAUCCACUUGCGAAAGAUAUCGUGGAAGAUGUAUUCUGCAUUUUAAUUUCAAUCAGGGACAAUGCUGGAGUGGUUCUGGAGAAUCUGGCUGGAAUCCUGAGGGGUGAAGAUGACCUUGCAAUAAGUGCUGCUGUUGAUGUUUUGUUGGCUCUUGCUGAAUAUAAGAGUAUCAUUCCUUUCCUUAAAAGUUCUGGAGUGAUAACUGUUCUUGUGGACCUUCUGCGGAAUGGGAAUAAUCAUGAUGUUAUUGAGAAAGUUACAGGCGCUGUUGCACAGUUAAGCUAUGAGGAGUAUAUCAGAGAAGGUUUGAUGGAAGUUGGUGCUAUUCCUGUUCUUUUAGACUUGCUCAAUGGACGUUUAGGGAACUUGACGGAGUCCGCAGCAGCAGAAGCUUUGAUUAAUUUUUCUGAAGAUCCAUCAUGUCAAGAGUAUGCACCAAUGCUGCAAAGGGUACCAGAACUUUCAGCAUUUCGAGAUCACUUGUUUCAUUUUCGCAAUUCUCAAGGCCACUUGAUUCAAUCUAUGAGAAGAAGGAUAGAGCAGCGUUUGAACCCAUAAUAAGAAUUUUCAUGACUUAUGUAUGUAUGUCUUUGUAGCCUUUUGAGUAUCUAUGGUACACACAUUCUUUUAUGUGAUAGUAUUCUUGAUUAUAUUUGAUGCCUAUUCUGACUUCUGGUGGAAGUGGUCUUCAUGGAGUUUGAUUUUAGUGUAUAUUUACAUGACCCAAGCUCAAGACUGGACUUUGGAAACCCUCCAUGAACUUGAGAGACAGCAGUAUUUAUGCAAGAAACUUAACAAAUAUGUUUGUAAUCAUAAUCCAUUAGUAAUGAAAAAAAUCAUUCUAGUAGUUUUUGUAAGAUAAUUUGCUCUAGAUAACCUUCAUCAAGUAUUUACUGUGGCUGUUUAUGGUUGUCUAUUAUCUGUAUUCUAUCCAAUGAAAGCUAAAUAGUAUUCCUGAUUAUGUCUGUCUUUGUGGUAUUUUGAGGAUCUAUGAUACACACAUUCAUUUAUGUGAUAAUAGUAUUCUUGAUUAUGUUUGAUGCCUAUUCUGACUUCUGGUGGAAGUGGUUUUCAUGGAGUUUGAUUUUAGUGUAUAUUUACAUGACCCAAGCUCAAGA